AAGCAAUAAAAGGUUGCGCUCUUUCAUUGCCGACCGAAAAAAAGUCCGUCUGUCAUUCUCUGGCAGGAUGGAGGGCGACUAUCACCAGCAGCCAAUGUCUAUAGCCACUCGUUUAAACACUAAAAGGAAUUCUAUGGAUAGCUCUGUAAGUCCUUCUAGGUUCGGUCCUUCUCUUCUCAAGCGACGAGCGACCGACAUUACACCUUUGCGUCCUUCAGCCAUCAGUAAAGCCGUCCUGAAGUCGAACCCAGUCCCGCAACCUCUAACGCCUGAUCGAUAUCGAUCUGAAAGCUUUCAACGUAUAAAACCAGCGCAACCUCUGAGAAGCACAAAGACAUCACAGAAGCUUGUUCUCUUCCCAAGUGCUGCAGAACCUCCGGUUGACGAUGACGAUGAUCAAAUACAUGACAACGGCCUUGGCCUGCGAUUACCCUUAGACUUUCACCUCUCCGGGUCUCGUACAAUAGCCGAGAGAAUGACAAAGGAUCAAAGAGACUUUGCAAACCUCCCACGGUUGUCAGCUUACUGCACUGCUGAGGGAAACAACUUGAAGGAACUGAGCGAAUUUCUACGCCAGCAGCAUCAUGUCUCCCCAAGGUUCUAUGACGAAUGUUUGUACGCCCGCUAUCACUUCCCGCUUAUGACUUUACGUCCUGGCGGCCGAAAAAAUGCUUCGAAUGUACGAGUAAGGAGCGCUCCAUGGCCUGGUAACUCCAGCCAUAAUAAUGAGCCUACAUCAUCUUAUGAUAAUCAUGUCUACGAUUAUGACGAAGACCAUUAUAGAGAAGAUGUCGACCAGCAAAGGUAUUCCCAUUACUCGUCACAGAGACAUGAACAUCAAGACACAGCGCGCUAUGAAGCCCAAACACUACCAGAUUAUAAAGAAACAGCAGAGCAAGCCAACUCUAGCUAUGAUUACCACGAUGAAGGAACAUCAACAAAGUAUGACUAUACCUCAUCUCCGACUGCGAACGAAGAGACACCCCACUAUGUAGGAAACAAAACUCCCGAAUUCACCAGUCUGUAUGGUAGUCUCACCGAAAUGGCAGGUCCGCCAGUCGAGCUCACUGAUAGCGAUACUGAAUUUAACGACGAAGAGCAUGCAGCCGAAGCAACGACUUCCAAUAACCUAGCUGACAAUGAACUUCCUACGACACCAAAAACUCCCGAUGCCAGUUCGAGGUUUGAAGGUGGAGAGCUUUUCGUUUUCGACUACGGCGUAGUCGUUCUCUGGAAUUUCAGUCGUGCACAAGAGUUAUUGCUGCUUGAAGAUCUUGCACCGUUUAGAAUUCGCCCACUCGAAGAUAGUGAGGAUGAUCUACAAGAAAUGCAGAUCGAAGAAAUGCACUUCCAAUAUGAUACUAACCAAGCAAAACCACGAAUUUUCAACGAUAUGAUCACUUUGAAGAGCGGAAAUCAUAUGAUCAAGCUUACUAUCAGUCAUGGUGUGAGCCAAAGUGCGGUACUGGCACGGUUUGAAGAUAUGAUGGACAACACUAUUGAGGUACAUACAUUUUUGAUAAGCAGUUAGUACAACAUGGGAAAAGAUAGCCAUUAUUUAACAGCGUUUGAUCACUAUGUAGGAUACCAAGCAUAUUCCAAAGAAGCUGGCCCAAACCGGUCGACUGGAUAUGAACCGAACUGAAAUCACACAGAUCAGUGGUCAUCUUUUCAAACUGAGAAUGCAUGUGAAUCUUGUCUCGAAUGUGCUUGGUA